AAUGGCGUUUUGAAAUGGCCGACGUUUAGGGGGAGUGUCUCACGGAAAUUGGAAAUUCUCAUAAUUUCUACGUGAUAACAUAAGUUGGUCACAUUCCACAUUCUUACAUUCCAAUAAUAAAAGACUGAUUUUAAAAAGUGGAUAAACAUGGCUUGGCGUUUUAAAGCCUCAAAAUACAAAAAUGCGGCACCAAUUGUGCCCAAGCCUGAAGCAUGCAUCAGAGAUGUUUGUGUGGGAUCAUAUCAGACAUAUGGGAACAAUAUUUGUGCUUCGGCUGCAUUCAUGGCGUUCAACUGGGAGCAUGUUGGUUCAAGCAUGGCUGUAUUGCCUCUUGAUGAUUGUGGACGUAAAAGUAAAACAAUGCCAUUGCUCCAUGCCCACUCUGACACUAUAACAGAUAUGGAAUUUUCACCAUUCCAUGACGGAUUAUUAUUAACUGGAUCCCAGGACUCAUUGGUCAAAAUAUGGCAUAUACCUCCAGAAGGAUUGAAAGAGUCACUUUCAACUCCAGAGUGCACUCUUUCACAGAAGCAAAGAAGAGUAGAGAAUGUUGGAUUCCAUCCUGCAGCUGAUGGUUUGAUUCAUGUUGCAUCUGGACAUGAAUUUGCUCUUUGGGACUUGACUAAGCAGAAAGAGGUUUUUGUUAAUAAGGAUCAUGCAGAAGUGAUUCAAUCAACCUCGUGGAAGAAGGAUGGCAGAUUAUUAGCGACCUCCUGCAAAGAUAAGAAGUUGCGUGUGAUUGAUCCUCGAGCCCCAAACUCUGUUCUGAAUGUCGCUAACAGCCAUCAGAAUAUUAAAGACAGCAGGGUUGUGUGGCUUGGUGAUCAGGACAGGAUUCUUACUACUGGUUUUGAUUCAGCUCGUCUCCGUCAGAUAAUGAUUAGGGACGUUCGCAACCUUUCUCAGACACAGAAGACUUUAGAAUUGGACUGCUCAACGGGAAUACUAAUGCCUUUAUUCGAUCCCGAUACUAAUAUGCUGUUUUUGGCCGGCAAGGGAGAUACGACUAUUUUGUAUAUGGAGCUGACGGAUAGAGAACCAUUCCUGAUUGAAGGACUUAGACAUUCAGGCGAACAAACAAAAGGUGCUUGUCUGGUACCUAAACGAGCGUUACGCGUGAUGGAAGGUGAAGUUAACAGAGUUCUUCAACUGACAGGGUCUUCUGUAGUGCCUAUUAUGUACCAAGUUCCUAGGAAGAGUUAUCGCGAGUAUCACGCGGACCUAUACCCGGACACUAGUGGUUCUGUGACGUAUUUGAGUGCACCAAUGUGGCUCGACAACCAGGACCAUCCCGUGCCUAAUAUAUCUCUACACCCGGACGCUAACAAUGCCCAGCCACGUCUCGGCCCGAAACCGUUCUCAGCGUCAACAGGAAAUGAAGAGUUCUCCUUCGACAAGGUUUUCUCAGUACCAGCUGUUCCGGGCAUGACUAAGUCAGAUUCUGCAACAUCUUCGUUGUCUGCACCAGGGGCAACUACCCCUGCGGCUUCGACGCCUAUUGUGAAAGAGCCUUCCGAGGAAAAGGAAAAAUCUCUUACCCCGACAAGUGAUGUUGAAGCUGCACCUAAAGAAGACUUUACUAACGGCAAAUCGGACACUAGUGUAGAAGAAGACGUGAACUCAUCCGACUCGGGAUACAGACCAAAGACGCCGAGUACUGCUGAAAGGAGAAAGAUGUUUGAGAACACAGAUGGCACUCAGUCUAUAGCGGACCGUCGUCGUAACUACGAGAUGCGAUCGGUGAGCGUCGCUGUUGAAUCUGAUACACCACCAUCACCCGCACCGUUGAGGAGACGAGAUUCAUUUAAGUCGCGCAAGAGUCCCGAUCGUGAGGACAAACGCGCGUCUGUGCCUAACGUUACUACUAAAAGGACUUCCACUGUGUUCGGUAAAGUAUCAAAAUUCCGUCACCUGAAAGGCACACCCGGUCAUAAGUCGACGCAGAUAGAAAAUAUCAAGAACAUCAGUCGCCAGAUAUCCGGCGAGUGUAACGGAUUCUAUGCGAAUGGCGUCCGUUGCGCUGUACCACUGGGCGGGGGCGGAGGGAGAGUGGGCGUGAUAGAGUUACCAUGCGGGGCCACGGCAGUGGCCCGCGCUGCGCCCCUCCACCCGGGCGGGUUGCAGCCCUGCGCGUUACUGCAUCCCGCCGUGCUGCAGGACUGGACCUGGGACCCGUUCAGGGAUGACAGGCUGCUGGUGGCGUGCGAUGACGGUCUAGUGCGCGAAUGGAUUAUACCAGAGCGCGGCUUGCAAGAAUCCACAAACGAACCGAACAGAACAUUCGCUGCCCAUCCAGACAAGAUCUACCUGAUACGUUUCCAUCCGACCGCUUCUGAUAUCCUCACAACUGCCGCCCACGAUCACACCGUCAAGAUCUGGGACCUGUACCCGGAAAAUCCUGUGCUUGCAAUAACACUGAGCGGUCACACCGAUCAGAUAUUCAGUAUUGAUUGGUCUCCGUGCGGAGAGUACUUGGCUACUGUGUGCAGAGAUGGAUUGAUCAGGAUAUACAAGCCUCGUUCAUCUUCUGAACCAAUAAGAAGCGGACCAGGGCCAGUGGGUAGUCGCGGGGCUCGCGUUGUAUGGGCACUCAACGCUACACAUCUGGUCAUCACCGGAUUCGAUAAAGUGUCAGAGCGUCAGAUCCUACUAUACAAGGCGUCUGAUUUGUCUGCGCCGGUGUGCACGGUGGGAUUAGACGUGUCUCCCGCCAUAUUGCAGAUACAUAUCGACCACGAUUCAAGCACUCUGUUCCUAACUGGAAGGGGUGAUUCAACGAUCUACUGCUACGAAGUGACAUGUGAGGCCCCGUUCCUAUGUGCGCUGUCUCAUCAUAGAGCGGCCACGUUGCAUCAAGGCAUCGCUUUCCUGCAAAAGAACUUGGUUGCUGUCGAAAAGGUUGAAUUUGCGCGAGCACUACGGCUCACUAAUGGAAACAUCGAACCGUUGUCGUUCACUGUACCUAGAAUAAAGAGUGAGCUGUUCCAAGACGAUCUGUUUCCUCCCACUUUCGUGACGUGGGAGCCCUGGCUAAGUGGUAGCGAGUGGUUGGCCGGCCGCACUCCCCCGCCUCGCACUGCUAGUCUUCAGCCCCCCGGGAUGGAGCCCUUGUCGGCCCACUCGACCCCAUCGCCGGUAUCACGAGAGAGUCGCGAGAAGCCUCAACAGAAACCGAAGCCAGACCUUAUCCGAUCGCACGUCCCAAGCGAUGCUAAGGAGAAACAGGAUAAUAUUAUGAAAUCUAUGAGUGCUAAAAUGCAAGUGGACCUAAAGCUAGAGCAAGACAACAUGGAGGGGGUGGACGAGUCCGAAUGGGACCAGUGAGUCGGCAAUAAGUGCAAUUUUUACUGUAGCUUAGCGAGUCAAAAUUAUUAUAGUUGGCACCUUGUCAAAUCGAAACACCGUUACCAUAAAAAUCAUGAAGUGCGUUUUUAUAUUAAUCAAAAUUAUAAAAUUUUCAUAAAGGUUACUAAGAUUUCCAAAAUAUAAAUUUUAUAUUUGCGCUCGAUACUAAUUUGAUUAAUAGUACCUUAUUUAAUUCGAGUCACUUAAAUGACAUCUAUAUUAUAAUGUAAUUUAAAAUUACAUGUAGAGAUCGACUUUAUAUACUUCGGCGAAGGGUCGAUCUGCACAUUUAAUUGACAAUUUUCAAUGUAAUUUUUCAGACUUCAAUGGGGGAUAUGCAUACUGAUUAUUAUACUAUUACACAAAUUCAACAAACAGAUUUCCUUAAAUACAAUUGAUAUUUUAAUAAUCAUUCAGGUUACCAAACUGGUGAAAUAAUAAUAAAAGCAUAAUACAUAAUUUAAAUUAUAAUCUUAUGAUUAUUUUCCUACAUUGAUGUUCUUGUAACAAUGGUUUAUUUUCGUGACGAGAACAAAAUAAUAUGAAAAAGAUUUACAUAGACAUUAUUCUAAAACGAUAUUGUUGGUGAUUAUAUAUGUUUAACGCUAUUUUGAAUAAGACGUAUAUUUCCCAUAAAAAAUCGUAACUUAUGAUUUUUAUGUUAAGAGGUACCGAAAUAUAAGUUAGACAAGGUGCUGUUGUAUAUGUAUCCAACAUUAUGACUAUUGGUAAUAAUAGUAGUAACUUAUCCAACUAUUCCGAAUUCAAAAAUGUGGUGGAUGAGACAAAUGCAACAUUCGUCCUUAAGAGGCUCACUGAAGUUAGUCGAUCUGUAAUUUUUUUACAUGAUAAGACUAUUUUUGUAAAUGUUAAUUAUUUAAGGACACAUCAUAACGAUUUUACUUAUAUC